CCAGAAGCCAAACACACAGAAGAAGAAGUUUGUACCAAGUAGAAGAAAAUGAGUGGCAGCAAAAUUCUAGCUUCCAUUGGAAGAAGAUUAGAAGGGAAGGUGGCAUUAAUCACCGGUGGGGCUGCCGGGAUCGGCAAGUCCACGGCCAGAUUGUUCACAAAACACAGGGCCAAAGUCGUCAUCGCCGAUAUCCAAGACAAUGUAGGCCAAUCGGUGUGCAACGACAUCGGGGCCGACGCAUCAUUUGUACACUGCGACGUCGCAAUUGAAGAAAACAUCAGGGACGCCGUCGACAGCACCGUCUCCAAGUUCGGUAAGCUGGACAUCAUGUUCAACAACGCCGGCGCCCUGGACCCACGGAAGUCGAAGAUCACUGACAAUGAAGCAGCUGACUUCGAUAGGGUCCUCGACGUCAACGUUCGAGGGGCUUUCUUGGGUACCAAGCACGCGGCCCGCGUCAUGGUCCCAGCCCAAAGAGGUAGCAUCAUCAACAAUGGAAGUGUGGCGUCUGUCAUCGGAGGCGUUGCAUCUCAUGCAUACGUUGCAUCAAAGCAUGCACUUGUAGGGCUCACGAAAAGCGCCGCUGCCGAGCUCGGAAUGUUCGGGAUUAGGGUGAACUGCAUCUCACCGUUCCUUAUCGUCUCAUCAUUGAUCAAGCCGUACGCUAAGAUUGACCCGGAAGAGAUCAACCGUCGGAUGCGUGGUUUAACUAACCUGCAUGGGGUUGCACUAAAGGAAGAGGACAUUGCCUUGGCUGCUCUCUACUUUGGAAGCGAUGAGUCUGGAUACGUGAGUGGCCAAAAUUUCGUGAUUGAUGGGGGCUUCAGCGCCGUUAGUCAUGCUUUUGGACUGUUCAAUCAGAACGUUGAAGCUGCUCAAUAGGUGGGCAAGGCUCCAUGAUACUUUACAGGAAUUGUUUGUUUGUGAUGUUAUACAUUGAUGGUUUUAAAAUAAUCCAACGGUCAUGAUCAUCAGUACGUGGUUUGUAUGGGUCUCGAGAACUUCUUCAAGUAAGAGGGAGCAGAUUAGGUGCGCCCCGGGCUCAACCAAGACGUGCGGCCCUUACUUAUGAGGCCCACAUUGUUGCAUGCA